AUGCUCGCCACCGCCCCUUCAAGAAAAGUAGCUAGCGAGAUUACCUUCUUGGUGCUUUCCAGGGGCAAGUUGCGCCAGUUGGGCGUAAAGGAAAAGUUGAUCUUAAAUGCUAGGUCGCUUAUUAACCUCUCUUCCCCAUCUCUCCAGGAAUCAACUUUGAAUCCCCCAAAUUCCGAGGAAGAAAAAAGUGAAACAACUGGUCAAGAAGUUGUGAAUCCUGAAGAUUACAUCAAACACCCACUACAAAAUAGGUAAAUACUGUAGCUGCUUAACCUAGCUAGUUACACAUGAAAAUACAUAGCUAGCUAUAUCAGUAUGCACUAAUGUUAAUGCCUGAAUAUGAUUUCUACCAGUCUUGUCAGGCAUGGGUAAAAAUAUUUACAGGAAGCACUAAAAGUAUACUGUGGCCUCUGAUCUGCACCACUAUCCACUUGCCCUUGCUUUGACUUAGUCAUGUGUGAAUACAUUUUACAUAUGGGUGGCCCCAGCUGGACUCGAACACACAACCUUUGACGUUGCAAGCGCCAUGCUUUACCGACUAAGCCACACAGGACCAACAUCUUCCCCCUCAAUCGCUACACAAUCUGUAAGAAACAUACAUAGUACGCUGAACUGUCAUAAUGUUGACUGGGAGUGUGCUUUGCCUGAUGCAUUGUCAAUAUACGCUUAUAGGCUAUAGACAGGUUGGUUGUUCAGCAACAAAACCGACACGUGCGCAACUGUGGGGCAAAACAGACAGGGUUGGCUUAGACUGUUGACAUGUAAACUAUAUUUAGACUCCAAAUGUUUAUUGAAAACAAAUACAUUUGCACAAUAAGCACUUGUCUUUCAAAUACAUCGUUGUUGGUUAGCUAGCUAGUCAAUUCUUGCUAUAUUAGCAUUGACAUGAAAUCAGUCAAAACAAGACAUGGUAUCAAGCGCAAGAUAAAACUAGCUGAAACGAGCCACCUAUGAUUCCCCACAUGGCAGCUUCUUGUCAUUGUUGCUAGCUAUCUGACCGUUCAGAAUCAUAACAAAUCACUGCUUCCGGCCACAUCGAUGGGCGCACAUUAUUUUCGUGACGUUGUCAGCCAAUCCGUCUAUAGUGUUGACAGUCUUUGUAUUUUGUUUGCAAUGCAGAUGGGCUCUGUGGUUCUUCAAGAAUGACAAAAUGAAAACAUGGCAAGCAAACCUCCGUCUCAUCUCCAAGUUUGACACAGUGGAAGACUUCUGGGCGUAAGUAUUUUAUUGUAGAAAGUCACCUACAACAUCCUACAUAUAUUCAGACUCUGAGGGUCUUACUGCUUCCUGUUUCCCCAGUCUGUAUAAUCACAUCCAACUAUCAAGUAACUUGAUCUCCGGCUGUGACUACUCACUUUUCAAGGUAAGGAUGAUUUUCCAUAUCUGUAAUCUCACACAUGCUCUUUUUUCUUCCAUACACUUUUCUACAUCCAUAACAGCACAUGUUUGUCUGUUCAGGUUGUGGCCUGUAGCAACAACCAAUGAAUUGUCCAUAAAAAAGUAUGUUAAUUCACUGAAAUUCAGUUGAGUUAUUGACUUGCUCAGUGCCUUUUAGACAGGGCUACACUAUGACAGGGAGUUGUCACAUCUCCCAAGGUCUCGUUUCAGCCUGUGGCUUUAGCUUUCACUGCAAGGGUUAUGACCCCUCCCAAGGAGGUCAGUCUGCCCUAAAUAGACCACUACUCAGACUGUUGAACAGCCUAUAUCAGUCAUAAUUCAAUGUCAUGAUAUUCUACCAGUAUUGGUUGGCUGCUUUUCACUUCAGUCCGCUUUCAGUUCCGUUCCUAAUGUCGAACUAGAUUUCAGAUUUAGGUUUCAUGUAUUCCCCUUUAAGUAACAGCCAAACAUACAGAAACUGAGAACAGAGUUGUUCUUCGGUACAGCUUAAUCCCUUUAUCUGAAAACCAGUUUAAUCCAAAGCCUGUCUAUCAUGUUCAAGUUCUGCAACCAAAACAAGCAAUUGUCGAGGCUUCUGCCCCUACAGCCUGAUCUGUGCAGACAAGCAACCCCUGACCUAUAAUGGCAAACACUGUGUAGAGGGAAAAAAAAAAAAAAAAAAGUUAGGGACUUUACCUUUGCCCCCUGAGCCGGGUCUGUUUUUGUACUGCAGGAUGGAAUCGAGCCCAUGUGGGAGGACGAGAGGAACAAGCGUGGCGGCAGGUGGCUCAUCACACUGUCCAAACAGCAGCGCAGGGCUGACCUCGACCGCUUCUGGCUGGAAACGGUUAGUACCCCAACCCUACAGGUCUGAUUACACGCACAAAGGGAAGAACUACACUAAGAUAUAUUAACUAUUUGUAUGUAACCAUACUCUGUAAAAGCUGGUGUAUUUAACUCAUGUUAAGUGUGUGGGACAUAACUCUGCUAUCUAGUGAACUCUCUCUCUCACACACACAAACACAAAAUAAUUCUUAGAUAUACUCACACAGCCUAAAUGCGCACUUUUUCCCAGAAGGACAUCUACAAAAGCAUUACAUGUCUCAGAAAGUUGACUAUGUUUAGCUGUCAUUAAAGUGUUAAAACAUUUGGCUCUCCAUGUGCGUUGCAGCUCCUGUGCCUUGUGGGCGAAGCCUUCGAUGACCACAGUGAUGAUGUAUGCGGGGCAGUAGUAAACAUCCGAACAAAAGGAGACAAACUUGCGAUAUGGACAACAGACUAUGAGAACAAGGAUGCCAUUACACACAUAGGGUGAGCCGGCGUCGCAGUACCAUUUAGUUAUCCCUGAAAGAUGUUGAGCAUCUCUUGUUUUUAUCCAUAUCCAGAUAUUGUUUACUAGACUGUAUUUUCCCUUCUCUGUAGACAAGGGUGGAAGGAGAGGUUAGGCGUGCCACACAAGGUGAUCAUAGGAUACCAAUCGCACGCGGACACUGCCACCAAGAGUGGUUCCACCACCAAGAACAAGUUUGUCGUCUGAGUUUGUUUUUGUUUGGUUGUUUGUUUUUCCUUUCCGCUUCCAUGGCGUUUGUUGAAAUUCUGUUGCGAAGUUUCAUCUGCUACCCAAUUGAAACCAAAGCUUCAACACAGACAAUUGCCUUCAUUCAAUCAAUUGCAAUAUGAUUUCAAGACAAAAUUAUCUCAUUCAUAUCUGCCCUGAAACAAACCUAUACCUUGUAGGGUGGAAUACCCAUGAGAAUUGAAAUACCCCCAAAAAGUUUACAAUUUGAUAAACGUGCUUUUUUAUGCACCAUUUUACUUUUCUUACCGAGGAUAUACUAGGAGGCUUUUUGUUGAUAUUUUGUAUGUUUAACAGCAGCACACUCGUAGCUGCCAGGGACUUUUCUGUUUUUUCGGGAUGCCUAAGUCCAAACUGUAUUUUUUAAAAGUAUAUAUAUAUAUAUACACACAC